AUGGUUCGCAUUCUGAGCAGCAACUUCCAGGACUUUGCCGGCGCCUCGCGCCCCUUCAGAGCUGAAGCCGAACUUGACGAUCUGGAAGUGGAGGGGAAUAUUCCCCUCGAGCUAAACGGAACGUUCUACGGCGUGGCCCAUGACCCCUACUACGAGCGUGAUUUCUUCAUGAAUGGCGCCAAGACUACUUCUUUUGAUGCGGACGGAAGUAUCAGUGCCUUUCGUGUCCACAACGGAAAGGUUUCCUUUAAGCAACGCUACGUUUUAACUGAACGGUUCAUUGCGGAGCGUAAGGCAGGCAAGGCAUUGUUUGGUGUGAUGCGAAGCCCCUUCUCACACCACCCUUGCGUAAGGGCGAUGGAGGACAAUGUUGCAAACACAAAUGUCAUAGUUCACGCAGGCAAACUGCUUGCUCUUAGCGAGCACGGCGCCCCAUAUGAACUUGAUCCAACUACGAUGGCCACAAUUGGUCACACCCCAUUUCCGGGCCAGCUCCCCGACAAGGGCCCCUAUACGGCGCACCCAAAGAUUGAUCCCGACACUGGAGACCUUGUAGGUUAUGGUUAUGCACUCCGAGGGGCCGAGAGCAAUGACUGCACAGUCUGGAUACACAAUAGGAACGGCGCAAAGAUUUACGAGCAGUCGUUUGAACGCCCAAUCAAUGGGUUCAUUCAUGACUGUGCCAUAACUCCAAGCUACAUAAUACUUAUGCAAAUGCCAUUCCACACUAGCUUCGAGUCUCUCACAUCUCCGGACGGGCAUCUAUGGACGUAUGACGAGAACUUGCCGACUUACUUCUAUGUUGUUCCCAAGGACAAAAAAAGACCUGUCCGAACAUUUCAUUGGAAGAACUGCUUGCCGAUUCACUCGGGGGCUUCGUGGGAGGAAGAUGGAAACAUUUUCUUCGAUGCCACGGUGGCUUCAAGCAACGCUUUCCCCUUUCUGCCUCGUUACACCUAUGUCAAUUGUUUCGAUCCCAAGUCAACCACUGACCCAUCGCUCCUGUAUCGUGGCCUGAAUUGCCUAGGCCGAUACGACUAUGAUACGAAAACGUUCGAGACCAUGUCUCCAGGUCCAGAUGUCUUAGUUCAAGAGACAUGCUUCAGUCCUAGAGGUUCAGAUGCGCCGGAAGGCGAUGGCCUUUUGGUCACGAUGAUUGACAAUAUCCAAGAGCACAGGAACGAAAUCGUAAGCACACGUGUUCCCAUACACAACCCUAGCUUUCCCUACAUUGUCUAA